AUGACAAAAGCUUAUGAUGUGGGCUAUUUCAAAACCUGUUCAUUGAACAGUUAUGGAGAAACAAUGACAAAAUGUAAAGAUGUAAAUAUACAACUUUCAACAAACUACUGUACAUUUCCAAUAACACAAAUUGGUGAAUUGCAACAUCAGAUAGUGAAUAUAAUAAAUCAUUCAGACUGUUCAACAGUCUAUGAAUUAUUAACUGGUCAAUCAAAAAUUUAUACAAAUAAAAAUGAUCAAUCAUGUACUAUUGUAUCUACAGUAUUUCCCAUAAUAAAAGGUUUAUCAAAUGGUAUCAUUAAAUCAAAAGAAACACUACAAUUGAUUAUUGGCUUUUGUCCACAAGUAGCAGGUCAUUUUUAUCGUCGAUUUACUUUGUUAGUCUGUAAUCAAAAACCACAAUUUUUGCAUUUACUUGGUACUUGUCAUGAUUUAAUUGAAAGACCACCUCAUUUAAAACCAAAACAUUUAAUGAAUAUGGAAUUAUGUAAUCAACAAUUGGACAAUCAAAUAGAUGUAUUUCAGAAAGAUGAUGAUAAUCAUCAAAAUGGCUAUGAGAUUUAUUCUGAAAUGAUGCAAUCAUCAGAAAUCAUGAUUAAUCCACCGCUAUUAUCCUUAAAUUAUACAACUUGGGAUUUCACUUCAAAUUCAGAUUUGUUAUCUAAGGCAUUAUUAUGUGCAGAACAAUUAAACAAAUCAAUCAAUCAAGGUUUAGAAUUAAAUCUUGAACAUUUAGCUAUACGAAAUACAUUAAUUGUACAAAACUUUACCAAUCAUGUAAUGCUAAUUCAUUGGUCACUAAAUAAACAAAUCAAUUUCAAUCAUCAAGUCAAUGGUUAUAAUGAAUAUGAAGCGAAAAUAAACAGUUUUAGAAUUGAACCAAUAUCAAAAGAACUUGCACCAAAUAGUUCAACAGAAUUCACUAUGCUGUUUACACCAGCUAAUAUAUGCCAGUACUACUAUCAAGAAUUUGAAGGAUUUGCUAUGUACAAAAAUCAAAGAGAUAUUAGUUUGAUUAGUUCAGAAAAGAUAAAACCACCUCAUUGUUUAUUGGUCAAUUGUUAUGGUCAUACAUUCCCUGGUGAUAAACAAUCAUUUACACCUUAUUAUGAAAUAAAUAAAUCGACAAUUAUAUUUGAUCCAAUUGAAUAUUGUGAAAAUAAAUUUGAUUCAAUCUCAUUAUAUAAUAAAAGUGAAUAUCCAUUAUUAUUACAACAUAAAAAUCUUAAGAAAUGUUUGAAUUACGAAAAUUUCGACGAGAAUAUUUUAAAUAUUCAACUUAUCCCUUCAAUAACUUUAAUUCCACCUAAUUCAUACAAAGUGAUUGUGUUUCAAUGUGAAACUAAUCUAUCCUAUGCUGAAAUCAAAAAAAAGAUGGCAAGCAGAGAAGAUAAAAUUAUACUCAAAGGACUUGAGAUUGUGUCAAUGAACCAACAACCAAAACAUGAAUGGAGAAUCCCAAUUGAAAUCAGUUUUACCACAGCGAAUAUCAUUUUAGAAAACGAUGGUGAAUUGUAUUUUGUACCUACUCAUGUAGGUGCAUAUACACAGAAGAAAUUCAAUAUUACAAAUGUCUCACCUUAUAAAGUAGAAUUUUGUUGGGAAAUUAUUUCUGAUGACAAAACUGAAUUAGAAGUUCAUCCGAAUAAAGGAUUUCUAUUACCAAAUGAAAUACAAUCACAAUUGUGGACAUUUCAUCCGACACAAGUUACUAAUUGUGUAUUUAAACCACGUCUUAGAUAUUGGAGAUAUAAUCAAUCCAUUAACUAUUCUAAUAAUCAAAAAUUUAAUGAAUAUUCAUAUGAAAUAAAACAAAAAGAAUUACGUGUCAUCACUAUGUCGGGAAAUGCCCAAUUAUCGAUUGAUCCAGAGACAAUUACUUGUCAUCCAUUAUUAGUAAAUACAUCAGCAAGUUAUAAGAUCAAUUUUCAUAAUCGUAGUAUAAUAUCAACUUAUUUCUGUACAAUAAUUAAGCCAUUGUAUCAUGAGAGUAAUCAGAAUUUAAAGUUGGAUGAAUUUAUUACGGUAAACACUAGUGAUAAUCUGAUUAGUGGUCAUUCAACUAAAUCAAUUACAAUCAAUAUUUGCCCAAAAUCAAAAGGAAGCUUUUGUUUUCAUUUAUUCUAUCGUUUGUAUACUACUAAUGAAAUUUUUAGUAGUAAGAAAAAUACCAAUAAAAUGAUUGAUGGAAUAAACAAUAUAUCAGAUAAUACACGUAAAUAUCUAACUGAAGAAAUAUUAGCUACAACAAUAUUUGUUGAAUCAGUUUAUCCUACUCUACGAAUUACUGAUAUUCAUGGUUCAGGAAGUUUAAAUAAUACUAGUCCAGUGGAACUAUGGAGAAGUUUGGAUAUAGACAGUUUGAAUAUUAGUUUAGAAUCUGAUCCAACAGAAUAUGAAUUAAAGGAUACAAUCAAUAGUCGUCCACUUUAUCGUGAUCAUCCCAAAUCAUUAGAUUGUCGUGGACCAGAAUUUGAUUUAUUCAUUGGAACAUCAGUUAUAGCUAAAAAUGCUGAGGUCAACAAUUCUAAGGCACUACUAUGCUUUUUGGUGGAAAACUCAGGUUUGAUAGAAGUCGAUUUCGCUUUCAUGUUUCCGGAAGAUUUACGUAUUGAACUACCCACUUGGGCAGAAAGUGGACAUUAUGAGGAAGCCGAACUUCAACAAUUACAUAUUGAAAAUCAUUCAUUAAUUGAUAUUCAACCAAGACGAUGUUUAUUAAAAUCUGGAGAAUAUUCUGAAGUUAUGAUCACCUAUAAUCAUAAUUUAUCUGGUUGUCAUCAAUUGCCAAUCGUUUGGAAAAUUAAUGGUGGUCGAGAAAUUAAGUUAAAUAUGAUUGGUGUUACUUUACCAUUAAAUCAACCUUAUUUACAAUUAAUGAAUCGUAAAUAUAUAUUGAAUCCAACACCAAUUGGAUUAGGAGAUUAUCGUUUAGGUUAUUUAUAUCAAAUGAAAUUAAAAAAUCCUAGUACUAAAACACUUAAAUUUCAUCUUACUCCACUUCAAUGGUUUAUCAAUAAAUCAAUAAUCAAUAAAGAAUUGAAAAAAUCAGAAAUCAAUGAAAAAUUAAUUGAAUAUGAUUUACCUAUAUUAUAUUGUAUACAAAAUCAAGGAUUAAUUCAAUCAAAUGGAUUAUAUAGAUUAGAUUGGAGAUUUCGUCCUAUAGAAGCAAAAACAUAUACUGCUUAUUGUUAUAUUCAUAUUGUGGAUGCUGAACUACCAUCAGUCACUAAUCAAUCAGUCUAUUCUGAUACUAUUCUAUUAGAAUUAGUAGCAAUUGGAUAUGAUCCAAAACAAUUGGGACCUAAAGAAAUAAUAGCAAACCCACAGCAUGUUCGAAUUCCAACUGCUAUUGAAAAUCAUAUAAUCUCUUUGGAUAGAAAACCACAGUCAAUCAUUAAAUCCAACAAUGAUAGUAUGGAUGAGGAUGAUUUGACUUUUCGAAAUUUUCCUCCACUUGCACGUCGAAUUAAAACUCCAAUUGAUUCAUGGGUCAGUUUAUCACAUCAUUUAAUAGAAUUACAUCGUAUUAUUAUUGGAACACGUUGUAGACGUUUAAUUCAUAUGACAAAUAGAUUUAGCUCUAAUAUUCAUCGAUUACCUGUUAAUAAUCGAUCAGUUUAUCGAUUUCGAUGGUUUACGGAAUUUCCAAAUGAUAUGGAGAUUGUUAACAUUAAUCCAAGAAUAGGGAGAAUUAAGCCAGGUCAAACAAUUCAAGAACUGAUUACUUUUACAGCUAGUGGAUUACCACGUUUUACUGAGAUAAAUCUAAUUUGUGAAUUAAUCGAUGAACAUGAAGAGAACAAAUAUUGUGAAGAAUUAAAGGCUUGGCAAUCCGAAAUAGAUAGAUUGAAAGUUGAAUUUACAGUAACAGAUAAUGACUUAAGAAAAAAGAAAGCGAAACCAGAAGCCAUAUCAUCAGAAUCAGAUGAGAUUGAUAUAGAUGAGUUUUGUCAAAAAUGGCCAAAACCAAUUCACACCAAACCAGUUUACGUUUACCUCACAAUCAGUGCGGAAAUAAUCAAUGAUGAAGCUGCAAAAAUCUAUGGUGUAAAUGAUGAAGGGAAAACAUCAUUCAUUGACUAUGCACAAUUUUUUAAUUCUAAUCAUUCAGCUGCUAAAGCAAUCAGUUCAACUAAAAUACAAGAUCAUAUUUGGAACUUACAUCAACAAUUAUUCACUGAUUUGAUAACAUCUUUAAUAGAUAGUUUAAUAUUUAAUAAUGAAUUUGUACAAAUUAUUCAAAAUAUUGUUAUUCCAUCUGAGAAUAUCAUUCAUGCAUCAUCAUCAUCAUUGAACAACAAUGAAAUCAUCGUUGAUGAUGAUGACGAUGAUGAUCCAGUCCCAUUAUGGAUACAAAUAAAAUCAGAUAAUUGUUAUAAACCUAACGAAUUAUCAAUUAAUUAUAUAAAUGACAUAAACAAAACAACAAAUCACUUAAAUCAUUGGAUACCUGAAAUAGUUCAAGAGAAAACUAAUAGACAAGAUAUGAAAAGUAUAAAUAAAGAAACUGCCGACAGCAUGUGCAUACAGAAUCCGGCUAUUCAAUGGUUAAUUGAAGGUGCUUUAGCUGGUAUGUUAAGUAAUAUUCUGGAUGAAGUAAAUGAAAAAGAAUUCGAAAUAACUACUAGACCAAGAAUAAUCGCACUACCACCGAUGACAUCACAGAAUAAAAUGGAAGAUAAAUAA